AUGGAGCCCGAGGCUACGGCCCGAGACGCCUCAACGGCACCUGUCUCAUCCGAUGUUCCAAGCGCGGAAUACGAAGUUGAGCUUCUCUUACCCCGCAGCGAAGCCAAGCUGGUCGAGACAUUUCGCCAAGAAAUCCGCCUCUGUGAAACCGACACACAGAAAUUCGGCAAGUGUAUGCAAAAGCGAGAUGAGCUGCUGGAGGAAAACGAUGGGUUCAUCCUCCGGCUAACUGCCUUCGAAAAUGUCAUGUCGGUCGAAUGCACCUCGUACAGAGGAAGGAAAGAGCGUGCACGCCCGCUAGCGACUCCGCCGGGGAGAAUAGUGACAGGGGACGGCGCAGCAAAGUGGGACCGAUUUGUAGGGGCUGCCGCGGUUGGAUCCGACGCCAUAUCCAAACUCCUCCCACCCUUGAAGAUGGUUAGCCUACAGUGGGGCAAGGAUUUCGUCCAGCAUUACCAGUUGGCCGGCAAGGGGCAGAACUACUGCAACAAGUUCUCAGCGGCGGUGAAAUUGCAUACCCGGGAGAACGGUGUGCGGAAGCUAAACCAACUGCUCCUUCGACGGUUUCAGAUACCGGGGCGUCGUGGUGUCAGGGCAGGGGUGAACCCCAUUGAGCCAGUGGAUUUGCAGAACCUGGCUACUUGGAGGGACGAAGCCCCAUUUAUCAAAGAUGGCGACCCUAGUGAGGUCCAGCUACCGUUCGUAGACCUCACUUCUGAAGAUCUUCCUCUCGGCUUCAUUUUCGAUCGAUUUGGGCUUAUGGUUCGGCGCCCGUUUGAACCUUUGGCAGGAGCGGACCCAGUGGAUUCAGACACUGUCACUGGAGAGAUCAUCGAUACGACUCCGGUAGACACGGAAUCCAGCAAGCUAUCCACCAACAAGAACGACAAGGAUACUAGCACCACAGAGCCACUUAACAAUGACUACCCUAUUCCUGGAAACAUACCAUCCAAGCAGACUCCCUCCUUACAAGAAAGGCUAAUUAAUGGCCAUGCGAGCGGCAGCGCUACAGAAAGCUGCAAUGAUGGUAGUCCCCAACCUAACAUAAAUGCCACAGCUGCUGCACGGCUCCGCCCGCAAAAGGAAAAACCAGAUUACUACGAAGUGCCACCAAGGAACUCCAAGCCCACAAUUCGUCAAACUAGGCUGCCAAAUACAAUAAAGUUGCCCAAGGAGCGAUGCUGUCCGCCUCAAAUACCACCAUCACUCCUAGCCACACUAGACAAAUCAGAUUUCCAUGGGUUCCGGCGGCUGCUAACAUUCACGUCGCCUCACAUUCGCUUUCAGGAUAUGUGUCAUGCACAUCUUAAGAAGUUCGCAGAGAUAGCAACCAACGCGGAGCCCUUUGAACGGCCAUUGGAGGCCAAGGAGGGAUUUCGAAUGUUUAGCCCUGACGAAGGGUCCCAUCUCCGACGGCGCCGCACUUCGCUUCCGGACAUCCUUGACAAUACCCCCCUAAAAAGGCUUCGGCUUAAUGACCCGGCACAGAUUCAGAACUCUCUACCCACUGCCUUGAACCAAGGGUGCUGCCCAACACAAGAUCCAAUUCGCGACGAAGCCUACCGCCAGCGAGUGCUAGAAGAAUUCCAAUCUGCAGAGGACGGUCUCGACUCGUGGGGUAGGAGAACAAACGAUUUAGUCGCCCAAAUUCUCCAAAAGAGCAAACCACCAAUACGUGGGGAAGCAUACUUCCUCAACGGAGAGGAGGCAUUCCAACAGGCCGAGUUUGGGCGAGUGGACAUACCGAUCUUCACGCAAAGUCAACAGCCAUUUCGAUGGAGGGGAAAGGACCGCCCAGUUUCACAGUUCUUCAACCGUAUGGAAGAUAUCGGGCUUAAUCGAACCGUGUCUGUUCAAAUACCCUCUCACCCCCUACAUAAGGCAUCUUGCGAAAGGAAAACACUUCUGGAUGUCCGAGACCGGUUCCUUCUGCAGCGGUUGACAAAUAACCCCUGGAAUCUUCUCGACCUUCAAAGCCCGAUACCUUCAGCCCUGCCAUCUUUCCUGGAAGGAGAGAAUUGUCAGCUUCUCCUUCGAAUAUGCGAUGCAGUUCUGAUGGGCAACAGUGCCGAAAGGAUAGCGGCGCCCGCUCAAGAUUGGAACACUUGGCGUAAUGUUACAGACUGGGCGCUCCUGUCAGAAGGGGGCCAUAAUACGGCACCGCAUAUGGAUAGCCACGGUUACUCGACCUGGAUUACGGUUCAGGAAGGGCAUGUGGGCUUCGGGUGGAUGUCCCGACCAAGUCAGCAGGAAGAAGAGGCGUGGAUGUCCGAUCCACAUAACUUUAUAGGAGGAGAUUGGAGAUACGUCGUCCUUUCACCUGGGCAUACAGUAUUUUUUCCCUCCGGCACCAUCCACUUUGUCUUUCGGGUACAAGGGGAACAGACGUUCGCGCUAGGUGGCCAUAUACUUCAGUGGUCUGGAAUCGGUCGUUGGCUUGAAGUGGUCGUCGCUCAGAUGAAAACCCCGGAAAUCACGAACGAGGAUAUGCAAACUAGCGCUUCAAAGUACGUUUACAUCGUCAAAGAGCUUCUAGAAAACCGAAUCCGAGCGGGAAGAGCGGGUGGGGCAGGUGAUCGAGACACAACUGCCAAGUUCUUCUCCUUACUGAAGGUGAGUUAG